AUGGCGACAGCAGUCCAAGUGAAGGAAGCGGUCAAGGAGACCUUGAUUGGCACAGAGGAGCCGGUCAGCAUGUCAGCGCAGACAAAGACACGGUUCUACCAGUGCGCUGUCAAGGACCCAGAGACCGGGGAGCUCACAAUGGGCCCCGAUGAGUUCAUCAAUGCUGUCGCACCAGCUGAUGAGGACUAUCACAAAAUCAAGCGCGAGCAAUACACACUCCUCUUCCGUGUCGCCGACCGUAAAGGAACCGGCAAGAUCAACCUGUCAGAAUGGGCUUACUUCGAGAACUUGUUGAUGAAGCCCGACGCCGAGUACGAGAUUGCAUUUCGACUCUUCGACGUCGAUCGCCUGGGCACUGUCAAAUAUGACGAGUUUCGUAAGCUUUACGAGAUGAACAAGGGCCCAGAUACCAUCCCCUUCGACUGGGACUGCGAGUGGGCUAAGCUCUACAUUGGCAGCAGGAAGAAGAGGCAUGACAUGGACUACCAGCAGUUCUCCCAGAUGUUGCGCGGUCUGCAAGGCGAGCGCAUCAGGCAAGCUUUCCAGCUGUUUGACAAGGAUGGCGACGGCUACAUUGAGCCAGAGGACUUCGAGCGCAUCAUCCUCGAGACAUCCAAGCACAAGCUGUCAGACCAUCUCCUCGAAAACCUGAGCACAUUGUGCAACAUCUCUAAGGGAAGCAAGGUCUCGUAUGCGAACGUGCGCGCCUUCCAGAACAUGAUUAAGGAGAUGGAUCUGGUCGAGCUCAUCGUGCGCAGAGCUUGCGCUAAGAGCAAGGACGGAAAGAUCACCAGAGCUGAGUUCUUGAACCAAGCCGCCAAGGUCACACGCUUCUCUCUGUUCACACCUAUGGAAGCCGAUAUCCUUUUCCACUUCGCUAGCAUCGACGAGCCCUCCGGUAGACUUAGCCUCGGUGACUUCGCAAAGGUGUUGGAUCCGUCUUGGAGGAGUCCGGCGUACGAGGACGGCGACGGAGAUGUUAUUGUGCAGACAAAGUCAUCGGCCCAGAAGUUCUUGUCAUCAGCUCUUGAGUCUGGCUAUAAUUUCCUCCUGGGUAGUGUGGCUGGUGCCUUCGGCGCUUUCAUGGUGUACCCCAUCGAUCUUGUCAAGACCCGAAUGCAGAACCAGCGAGGCGCACAGCCUGGACAGAGAUUGUAUAAGAACUCAAUCGACUGCUUCCAGAAAAUCAUUCGAAAUGAAGGCUUCCUGGGACUAUACGCCGGCGUGCUGCCCCAACUCGUUGGUGUGGCCCCUGAGAAGGCAAUCAAGCUUACAGUGAAUGAUCUCGUCCGAGGUUGGUUCACAGACAAGAAGACCGGCAACAUUUGGUGGGGACAUGAAGUUCUUGGUGGCGCCAGCGCUGGUGGGUGCCAGGUCAUCUUCACCAACCCUCUCGAAAUCGUCAAAAUUCGUCUACAGGUGCAAGGCGAAGUGGCCAAGAGCGUCGAGGGUGCCCCUAAGCGCUCAGCGAUGUGGAUUGUCCGCAAUCUCGGUCUCGUGGGCCUGUACAAGGGCGCAUCUGCGUGUCUGUUGCGUGACGUUCCCUUCUCCGCCAUUUACUUCCCGACAUAUGCCCAUCUGAAGAAGGACAUGUUCGGCGAAUCGCAGACCAAGAAGCUCGGUAUCCUGCAGCUGCUGACUGCUGGUGCCAUUGCUGGUAUGCCCGCUGCGUAUCUGACUACUCCCGCCGACGUCAUCAAGACGCGACUUCAGGUCGAGGCUAGGAAGGGUGAGGCAACUUAUACCGGCCUUCGACAUGCAGCCCAGACCAUCUGGAAGGAGGAAGGCUUCCGGGCAUUCUUCAAGGGUGGUCCGGCUCGUAUUUUCCGAUCGUCUCCUCAAUUCGGUUUUACGCUCGCGGCGUACGAAGUCCUUCACUCCACGCUUCCCUACCCAGGGAAGGCGACACAGGGACAGAGCCACACUGGCGUUGCAGAUGCUAUGUCCACUCUGAAGGACAAGAUCGAUUCCAGCCCGUUUGCACGCAGCCGAAAUGCGCUCAAGAUUAUUCUCGACUUGGAUGAGGACUUUGGAAAGAUCAGACUGCCUGACCAGAAAGGCUGGAAGACUCUCCCCGGCUUGAUGGGUGGGAGCAAGGCCUAA